AUCAGGUACUACUUUGGCGCGGAGCCAUCAAUGAGAAGGCUGGCAGUACACGAUAUAAGCAGAAUUAAAAUAUAAUGGAGCAGUAUUACACUACGUUUCAGUGGCUCAGCCGUCGCUUGUUAACACCAUUACUUCAAAAGACUUUAUUCUGUUUCGUACUCGUUCACCUUAAUGUAACAAAUGAAUAAGCUUCUUGGCCUUUUCGUUUUUCUUUUCUGGUUGUAAUAGUUUCUCCGUGUAAUUUAAAUGAAAUGGGAAUGAAAGCAGCGACAACGAUGACGUUCGUUUUAUCGUAUUGCUACCAUUAAUUUUGACGUACAAGGUUCGCGUCGUUAGCUGUUUUAUAACACGAUUGACCUGAGGAUGAAUUGACCAAUGAUGAAUUGACUAUGGACAAAUUGCCAUCGAAUUGACUGGAUACCUAUACCAGGUUUAUGAUGCUCUUUGAAAGUGAAGUAGAGACAUCAACUGAAGUUUGUCCAGAAUCGGCAGAGAAGGAUGGACCAGCAGUUGUUGAAAGAUUCUGCGAUGAAACUGAACGUUCAAGGACAAUGCUCACAGGCUUUGCCAAAUUGUAUGAGAAAAAUCUAUUCACUGAUGUCAUAUUAUGUGCUGGACGUAAAGAAUUUCCUUGUCAUAAAAAUGUACUUGCUAUUUCAAGUCCUUACUUUAUGGCAAUGUUUACCAAUGACAUGGCUGAAAAGAAUCAAAAAAAGAUCACUUUACGAUCAAUUGACUCUCAAACAGCUCAGUUGGUGUUGGACUACAUUUACACUGGAUCAGUUAUGCUUUCUAAAGAUACAGUUCAGGAGUUACUAUCGGCAGCAAAUAUAUUUCAGCUGGUGUCAUUAAAGACAGGUUGUGCUUCAUUUAUGAAGAACCAUGUAGAUGUUAGCAACUGCAUUGGUGUUUACUUUUUUGCUCUUGCUCAUGGAUGUAUGGCGCUAUCAAAUGUUUCGAAAACUAUUAUUAAUCAGGAAUUCUCUCGUCUCUAUCGUGAAAAUGAAUUUUUGAAUCUUCCUGCUGACAAAGUCGUUGAAAUUAUUAGUGAUGAUAACAUUUGUAUAAGUCAGGAAGAAGUGGUUUAUGAGGCAUGUAUGGCUUGGCUUAAGCAUGACAUAAAUGAACGAGUAGGCUCUUUAGAUGUCAUCUUGAACCAUGUUCGCUUUGCCAAUAUCAACUCCUACUAUUUCUGUGAUAAAAUUGAUUCUGAUCUGUCUCUUUUAAGUUAUGAAAACGUCCAAAAGACUUUACACUCUGUUCGUCUGUAUUAUAUGCUCAAAAACCGUCAUUUAGAACUGGGGCUAAAUCUGAUGCCACGCAGAGGUAUGGACUUUAAACGAGGUAUAGUAAUAAUUGCCAAUCCGUAUGCAGAAGAUCCACAGAGGAAGUAUGGUGCGAUGGAAAUACUCUUUCCUAAAACUGGUAAUGUUCGUUAUGUAUGUAAACUCCCUCAAGGUCUUUGCACACCAGGUUGUGCAGUUACAGGAGACAAUCAGAUUUUUGUAGCUGGCGGGACAUUGCGUAAGGUGAACUAUCGUGGCUCCCAACCUGAAGGCUUAUCCAGUAAUCUUGUUAUGUUUGAUCAAGUUAGUGCUUCUUGGAUAGUCAAGGCAAGGAUGAAGAGUCCACGUACACAGUUUUGCCUCACCAUUGUUGAUGGCUACAUGUAUGCUAUUGGGGGCCAAGAUGGAACAGAAGUAUUAAGCAGUGUGGAGCAGUAUAAUUUCCUGGCCAAUGAAUGGAUAUCUGUUGCAGGUCUUCCACAACCUCUUCGCUGUCUUGCAUCUGUUGCCUUUCGUGGUAAUUUGUAUGUAUUUGGUGGUGAAAACAAUGUCAAAAUUAGUGACAAAGCUUACAAAUAUUGUCCCAAAUCCAAUGUUUGGACAGAGCUACCAUCUAUGUCCAGUCCACGAGCACUCUGUGGAAGUGUUGUACAUAAGGAUAAAAUCUAUGUUAUAGGUGGCAAUGCUGCUGUUAGCGAAAAGUGGCGAAGGGAAUUCAUUCCAGAACACUGUGUUAGUUCUGUGGAAAUCUUUGAUCCAGAGACAGAAUCUUGGUCAAUGGGGCCUGAAUUACCAAAUGCAUUAUGUGGAGCUGGCUGUGUCAGCUACGACGGCAAAGUGUUAACUGUGGGUGGCGAAGAUGACAAGAGUUGGAUGGCGGGCCUUUGCUGGUUACAAGAGGACAGUAAUGGUCAAGAAGUAUGGAUGGAAGGUCAAGAGUUACCAACAGUUAUGAGUACCUUUGGCUGUGUUGUGGCAAACCUUAUAAAUCAGCUUAAUUUCACUUAAAUGCAGAGAAUCAAAGAAGCCUCUAAUCACUCCUCAUUAACAGAUUAAAUCAUCAAAUCAUCGUUAUUUUGUACUUUCUGUAUUCAUAAAACACGGUUGUUGGUACCUGGUGUUUGUUUCUUAGUUUAUUUGUAAACAAUCUUUCAUAAAGAACAAAACACCACGAUGCCAUAUUUUUUAUUCUCCAUGAACUAAGAAAUUGUCUUAGUGUUUUUAAGCUGCCAAGAGAUCUGAGUAAAUACCUAAAUAAAUUUCUUCAAACUUUGCUGAGUCAGUAGGUUUCAUGUGAUUUGACUGGUUUUGUUGCAACAGAGCGCUUUAUAAAAUGUGUAUUUAUUUGUACAUACGUGUGUAUGCAUGGAUGUAUUUGCUGUUGUUUGGACUAAAGAAGUUGAGUUUUAGGAGGACAUGUUGUUUAGUGUUGAUACUGGAAACACUUGUAAAAAAAAAAAAAAAAAUCUAAAUUCAACCCCUUUUUCUUUUUUUACUGAAUGAGCUGAAGAAUGUGAAGGUGCAUCAUAUUGUGCACAGGGCUCAGUUUAUGACAGAAUUUAGUUUUAUUGCUUUUGAUGUUGGAUUCAAAUGUUCCUUGGGCCAACAUUGCAUUAUUUCUCACUCAAGCUGAUAAAAUUGGCUUCUACCAUGUGCUGGGGUUUCUUUUAAUUAACCAUGCCUAUGUAUAAUUGACCCUGUAGUUAAGUAACAAUUCACUAUUUAAUAUAUACAUAAGAAACAGCCAAAUUGUAUGAGUGAGAGUAAAGUAGCCUUACUUUAUUCUGAAAUUUAUGGGGUUAAUAUUGCAUUCCUGUACACCGAGUCAGUAUAGAAGCCCCGAUCAUUUUAUUUCUCAACACAGUGUAAGGUUGUAAGGUUUUAGCAUUCAUGUAGACUUUGCUGAUAUUUUGUUGAUUUAAAAAUAGGGUGUGAAUGGUGCAACUGUUUUCAAUGUUUCAGGGUUAGUUAACUAAAUUUUAUUUCAAUUGAAAGAAAUUUAAUCGAUGAUAUUCUAUAUUCAGUCAAAUCAUUGUGCAUAUUAAUAAAUCAAUAACUUUGUUAUAGACUGAAGAAUGUCCUUUGUAGGGGUGUUAUCUUUUUUAUUGUUUUUCUAAGCUAUUAUUUUUCCAAAUUUGGACUUUUCCUAAGAUUGUCACUGCUAGCAGGACCAGUUUUAAACCAUUUAGACAAAUUUGUUCAAAUUGGGCUCUGCACCAAGAGAGAACCCAGUGCACAUGCUCAAGUGGCAGUCACUAUGAUGAAUUUUUAAUAUAUCAUUGUGGCUAAUGAUGGAGCUUCAAGCUCCUAAUGUUCAGCUCUUGUAAAGUACCCCACUGACAGUUCUCUAAUUGAGCCCUACACUUCCUAGUGCCGACUCUGUUACUAGAGUAUAUGCUUUGUAUAUUAGGUGCUAAUUCUGUAUCUAAAUACUUAUCAGUGAAGUUGUAGAAUCUGCUGUCAACCAGGCUUUCUGAUACAAUUGACGUUAACUACUCUAUACUGAGGUAUAACUCAAUAUGGCAAUAAGUUUCUAUGUAGUCCUUUAAAGCUGCUCCAACUAGUUAGUAAAUUUCAAUCAGUAUAAAGCCCUCGAUAUACUUGACAAUUCUGUUAAUUUUAGCCCCUGUCUUUUUUUUUUUUUUUUUUUUUUUUUGUUAGAUGGUUUCACUUCAUUUAUUUCAGUUAACAUUGAUAACAGUUAUGACUUAACUGCAUCUCUUUUUGUCUGAAGUGUCUCUGAUAUGAUUGAAAGAUUUGAAUGGAAAUCAUUAUAAAUAAUUAUAAACAUGUUUUUCUCACUUUUCACUUGUGUAGGGUUCAAAUAUAACCAGUAUCAACUUUCACCUAUCAUCCUUGAAGGGUUAAUAAAAUAAAACACCUGCCAAAAACCGGGGUUGAUUUGACUAACAUUAUUCCUUGCUCAGAAAAGAAAAAAAUCUGGCUUUGUGUCUGCUAAACAAUUUCUUCCUCUGUUACCCAUAAGGAUGGGUUCUGUGAAGUUACAACCAUUGAUCUGCUUUUUUUACAUGGUUUUUACCUGUAACUUCAGGAUUCUUAACCAUUACAUUUCAUAUUAAUGUUUGAAGUGUAUCUAGAUAAGCUCUUGGUUAAAGUAACUUUUCAUGGAUUAUAUCAGGAACUAAUCAUAUAGAUUUCUUGGAACUGUUCAUCUAUCCAUAUGGACAAUGGCCAUAUCAUCACUCAUAAGUUUGUGGACUCAUUGUUACUGAAUAGCUGACAAGUUCAGUAUGGGUAUAAAGCCUUGUUGCACAUUGGACAGGUGUGGUUUGAACUCCUGUGCUAAUGCACAGGUGGCUCUGGACUUCCAUGGGUUUCUCUUCUUUUCAGCUUAUCUGAUCUUGGUUCUUUCCAACGUGCUGACAUGUUUCGCAAGCUGCAUCUAUCUUACUUUGUCAUCUUAAGAAAGUAACUAGGCUUUCAGAUCUGAACUGAGCUUUAACAAAUAUCUCUCGUUGGUGCACUGUCCUCAUAUUUGGUGUUGGAUAAGAUCAUUGACAUUGUUAAUUGCUGUAGCAUUGUUGUUCUGUGCUCACUGUAUCUCUUUUAUUGUAAUGAGCACUGUUUGAUUGAACAUGCACGUCUUCUACCUAAACAUAUCUAUUACACCCACCUAUUUGCUUCUUGUCUGUCACCUGUAAUAAGUUUCUUUCUCUAAACUUCAUGCCACAUUGCACCUCAUUUCUAAAACUGACCACUGCUGUGAAAUUCUCUCCUUCAACAUAUUCCUUCAAUACACUUAUAUAAGUUCCAUAUUAUCUGCACCAACCUCAGAAUGGACUCAUAUGGGAAUUAUCUUCACUCAUAUGUAAAAGGAGAAAAAAAUGUUAUUUAUUAAAACCUAACCUUUCUAUCAAUCACUAUAUACUGACCAUGUAGGAAUACAUUUUUUUAAAACCUAGAAUUACUUUUGGGGUUAAUGGGAAGUUGACAACCAGCAAGUUCUAAGAUAUCUUUUGUUUUAAUUCAGCACCAUUUGUAUAUAGACUCUACCUCUUCUUUCAGCUGUUUUUCUAUUGAAUUUAUACUAAAGAUAUGUUAAAUCUAAUAUCUGUUUUUGACUGGCUGCCACCUUCACAUUGUUGCAGUGCAAAUUAUUGAUCUUGCUCAGUGUUCUAGCCUCACCUAAUUCUCACCUGUUCCAACCAAGUCACCCAAGUUGCUACUUGAAGUUUACAAAAAUGUCAAGAUUUUGUUGCCAUUUCUAAUCAUUUUAUCAGUUGUGAUAUUUUAUCUAUUGAAAUGAAUGACAUGGUAUUAAAAUUGAAGGAAUUUUUUUUUUCCAUUUAAGAUCUUUCUCAUGAGCUAUAUAAGAUGUUUUCUUUUUUUUUUAUUUUUUAUUUUGUGACUUAUGCCAACUGUUGAGAUGUUUCUUGUGAUCUACAUCUAAUCUGUUAUUUUUACAUGUGAUCUGUUGAGUAUUAUCAUUCAGUAUAGUUACCUGUAAUUUGUCCAGUUUAAUACAAUUUCAGUUACUGCUAUUUUUGCACAAAUGUCUGUUUUUCUCUAUCCCACAUUCUUUAUAAAUAGACCAAUUUCUCCUCCCCCCACCGUAUCAUUUUACAUUUGUUUUUCCAUACUGGCAUGAAGUAGACAGAUCUCACAAUGUUACACCUUCCAUUGCAGUCCUCCAUCAUCAGGCAUGCACAACAGUUAGCUAGUUUCCUGUUAUUUUUGGCAUUUGUUUUAUGUCUGGUGUCCUUAUCAGCAACCAUUUGACAACUUAGACUGGGUGGAUUUUAUCAUGCUCUCUGUAUUAGAGAUCAUCCUCAAUAAGACCAAAGAGUUCCCUCUGUCCCUUGUGUUGUCUUUGUUCAUUCCUGCUUUAAAUAUUUUGAAACAGCACAGCUUUUUAAGGUUUUGAAGUUUAUUCAAAAUUUUCAAAAAGCAAUUUUCGUGAGUGAAAAUUUGAGACUAGUUUAAACUAGUUUCAUCAUAUACCUUUAUGUACCAUUGUUGAUAACAUGAAUCUUAAAGAAUGUAAUUUUUUUUUUUUUUUUCUGUUAAUAUUUCCCAAAUUUGAUUUUGUUAAAAUUUUAAUGUUGGUAGUGUUACGAUGAUAAGCUUGCCCACCCCUCAUCCUUUACCCGGUGAAUGUUUGCAAUACAUGCUGUUAUGCUUCAUGGAGAUGAGAUAGAAUUAUCAAGCUUUCAUGGAAGUUGAAGUAUAGUGAUCUUGAUGUUGUGUGUGAUAUGAACACUACCAACUGAAUUGUUAGGAUAACAGGUUAAAAUUUUGUUUUUCUUUCAUUAGUACAUCAUUGUGCUGCUAUAUAAAGGCACCUAAUACUUAUUGGUCCAAUCCAUUUAGCUGUGAAUAGGUGUUACGAAGAGGGACAAUUUGGUCUUGUAAGCAACAGAUGAUACUAUUACCUCAUUCAUGAUAUAAAAUCCUUCCAUGAGCCACUCAAAAGUUAAUGGAUAAUCUAAGUGGUAUUAUUAUCCAAGCUAUGCAAAAGCAUGAGACUUUGUGUUAUGUAUAUGGUUAGUAUGUUCAGUAUGAUAACUAGUAGUGUGUUCUAGAUAAUUGUUGAAGCAGAGAUAUAAAGUGUCAAUGUAAUGUAUAGAGAUUAACUACGAGCAGAGAUAUAAAGUGUCAAUGUAAUGUAUAGAGAUUAACUACGGUUAGUUGGUUUAAAGAGAAUUUUUGAUAGCUGUAACCAUGGUGGCCCUAUUGGAAUGAAAAUUAAGUAUAGUUGAAUACUUUUGCUGUAGAUGGUUUGUACAUCAUGACUAAUUUCUCCAUUCUAUUUAUUAUGGUGAAUUUUAAGUUGUUUGUACUUAGAAUUUUUUUUAGCCUGCCUUAGUCCAAUUUGGUAUUUGUUGGUUGAUAGUGGAAGCCAGUUAAGUGUUUGUAGUUUGAGUAGAAUUACACUUGCUUUUCUAGUUUAACUGUAGUUUUGUUUAAUAAAGAUGAAGUUUAUUGGAAGUUUUAUAUACACCCUUCCCUUUAAUAUCUGAUAUAUUUGGUUUAAAGUUGCAGGGUUACUGAGCUUUGCUUUAGAUUUACAUAAUUUCUCCAUGUCUAGUUAGAUAUUUUUUUUUUAAAUUGAUAUUUAAUACAACGAUACUUAUUUUCCCUUCUUUCACUUUCAAUAUUAGUUGAUUCUUACUUCACUGAAAAAUAAUGGCUGUUUUUUCAAACCAGAAAGUCUUCAUUUUCAUAUUUUAUGUCAUUUUGAGCUGGUUCUGGGCAUUUGCUUUCAUCUUUCGUUCAUCCCUCCAUUGACCUUGAUGAUUUCCUUUGUUACACUUGCCAGUCUUGUCCUGCCUUCUCUCUAUUAAAUGGACCAAUAUUAAGUCUUACACAAAGGAGACACUUUAUUUUUCACUUAUUUGUAUAUUCGAACCAGUUUUGUCAUGUAUCUACAAGAUUGUGUCAACAAUUUUGCUUAUUUACUUUUGUAUCAUGUGUAUAUAAUUAUAUAUUUGUAAACAUAUUAAAUUAACAUAUUUUAUAUCUGUGCUGGAAUUUGAUUUUUUUUUCUUUUGUAAAUUUUAAUAAAAGAUGAGUAAGCAUGA